CAGCCACGUCCAACUUAAUCAGUUGGAUUCUCCGAUCAAGUCUCUUGUAUCCUCCUUCAGUUGGGGAUUGUGAUAACGACCCAAAUAGAGGGACCGGCAUGUCAUCACACAACAAUUCAUCAUCUUCGCCGAACGAUCCACGCCAGCCAUCGGCGGCGAAGCCUUACGUGCCGCCGAUGGUUUUGCCUCAAGAUCUUCCCGUCGAUUACGCUGGUUUCAUCGCCGUUGUUUUCGGUGUUGCUGGCGUCAUGUUCAGGUACAAGCUUUGCUCAUGGCUUGCUAUCAUAUUUUGUGCCCAAUCACUUGCCAACAUGAGAAAUAUUGAGAAUGACCUGAAACAGGUUUCCAUGGCCUCCAUGUUUGCAAUCAUGGGGUUGGUGACAAACUACUUGGGGCCUUCUCGACCCAGUCCACAAUCACAACAGAAGUGAGAUUCCUUGCACGAAAGCUUUAAAAGAGAAAUAUUGAAAAUUAAGAUCCUUUUCAUUCGAUGAUGAUUAUUGGUUCUGAAGGUUGUAGCGAGUGCUGAAGUGACAAAUUUGAAGGGAACUGUGGACCUAUUCCAUAUAUUUUCUCAUGUUUCGUAAUUUCUCUAGUUUGGUCUGUUUUGACAAGAUUUUCUUGAAUAUCCUCUGUUUUAGCAACUCUUAUGAUUUUUUUUUUUUUCAUCAAAGGAAUGCGGCAUCAGCUUCUAACAA